AUGAAUGGUUUGCGUUAUAUAGAAGUUCUAGUUGUUCAAUAUUCGGAACGCACCGAAGCACUAUAUGCCUACUCGAAUUUAUUUCGGGAGGAUAUCAUCAUUGACAAGUGCUAUGGAUCAGAGGAUCUAGUUGGAAAAUGGAUUGUGGUAGGAAUCAAUGAGAGAAAUCGUGCUCGCGAAGCAGUAAAAAUUAUUGAUGAUAAGUUCCUGACUAGAACCCAUAACGGACAAGUUGAGGUGAAAGUGGAAAUCCAGCAUGAUCACCGUGUUGACAACAAUAUGGAAAUAUUCCAAAACUACUUUUUUGGGAAUGUUUGUGAUCCAAACAAGUUAUUGUAUGAUGUUAGAGAUGGGGCAAGUUAUUAUGUUUGGAUUGUGCGGUUUAAAGCUGACCGAUUGAACAGUCGAUGGAGAGUGUCUACAGAACAAGAUAAUAUUGAACCAUUCUUCCCAGAAAACCCGAAUAGUCAAGAUCAGCUCACAAAAAUCAUCGGAGUAAUAACUGGAACAUCCAAGUUGGAGAGGAACGCUUAUCUCGUUUGGUCUGUUUCAAGACCACGAAGUACAAUAGUGUUGGAUUACACCUUCUGUCCUGCAAUGUUCGUUCUCGGUGCGUGGGCGGAAAUGGAAGUCGACGAAAAACAUCGGGUUCAGAAACCGAUUAAUAUUAUCAAGGAAGUUCAUGAGACUCGAGUCAUAGCAAGACUUGCAGAGUUUCGUGUUGACUUUCAACAUACGAAUCGAUUCAAGCAAGAAUUCGAAAUGUUUCACCACGAUUAUUUCGGGGCAAUUAGCGAUUCGUAUCAUAUAAUGGAUUUGAAUAAUUUCGAAAAGGGAGCUUGGUAUACUGGAUGGAUCGUGUAUUGUCAAAACUACGAAGCGAAUUCUUGUUGGAGACUUGCUGGAAGACAAAAAAUAGAGGGCCCCUUUAGAUAUCGUCCUGAUCAUGGAGACAAAGGCACUUAUUCAGAAAACUUUAACGAGCUUGGUCGAGAAAGCCGAUCAACGGAAAGGUGGAACGGCUGGGAGCGAACAGCGAGUCAGAGUAACAUCCAACACUCUGAUCCAAUCAUAAUUAACGAAUAUGAUGAUGAGCCAUCAAUGAAUAGACAUGACCGAUUUUUCAACGACCAAGAAGCAAAUUAUAUCCCAAGAAGUAAUCGCGGUUUUGAAAGCCACGAUUCAAACUAUCCGUCGUCUACGAAUAACCAUGGAAGACGUUAUUCUUCAACUGAUAGAUAUGAUAUAUCGUUUGCCCGCCGAGCUGAUGACAGAAUGAACCAUGAAGAAUUUCCCGAUCGAUUUCAAGAAACUGGCUUCUCUAACAACACCAGGCAUAAUUCUUUCGAGUCAAAAGCCCGUGAUAACACAAAUAGGCGCUCUUCUAUUCUGAAACCAGACACUACGGGUUUCGAUAGUGUGGUUAACUCGGAGAGGGGAUCUAGACCUACUGUGAAAAAUGAGUAUAAGAAAAGUUCGGAUGUGGCAUCUUCUAAUCCGAAAGCACAAAAGUUCGGUGAGAUAAGAUCAAACGACUUUCCUGGAAAAUUCGACGAGGGCAAUUCUCGAAUUGCAUCAGAUUACUGCAUUGCUUCUUCGACAAUAUCUAGUGAAAGAAACAACAUUCCUGGUAGUUCGCAGGCGCUUAUUCAAAAAGAAAUACGUACACUAUCAAGGAAACUGUCGAGAAUCUGCGAAUUGGUGAAAUCGUUCACCAUGAAUGAAUCUAUUUCAAUUGCAAUGAAACUUUGGUCUAUUGACGAAUACGAGGAGCUCAUGAGCUUGGUAGAAGGGAAUUCGAACACAGCGACUUAA